AUGGUUGGACUUCAUAUGAAGAGAUCGAAAAUUAUUAAAGCAUGGAAAAGUGAAGGAAGAGUCACUUCUGUUGAUAGUGAUCCAACUUCACCACGUCCUUCUGAUUUUCUUGAUCAAAUUGAAUUGAGUAUAGUGACAAUUCCUGAUUUGGUGGUUCCUAGGAUUGAAUCCCAGAAUGAUGUUUUGUCAUCAUACAAUACCAACAACCCUUUCAUCAGAUACAAUUCCAUCAAAUUUUUAGGGUUCUUAGUUUUAGGGUAUCUUCUGGUGAUUCAAAUUAUUGGCAUUGCAUCUGUUUUGAUCUAUUUAGCCCUAAUUUCAAGUGCAAAAGAUGUGUUAAGAAAAAAAGGGCUUAAAACCUUAACUUUUGCCAUUUUUACAGUAGUGUCAACUUUUGCUAGUUGUGGAUUUGUACCGACAAAUGAAAAUAUGAUGGUAUUUAGUAAGAAUUCUGGGCUGCUUUGGAUUCUCAUCCCACAAGUUCUUCUUGGGAAUACUUUAUUUCCGUCGUUUUUGCGAUUUUCGAUAUGGGUUUUGGGCAAGAAAUUUAAAAAAGCUGAGGCUAAUUAUUUGCUGAAGAAGACAGCAGAAGUUAAAUACUUGCAUUUGCUUCCUGGGAUGCAUUCUUCAUUUCUGGUUGCUACAGUUUUGGGAUUUAUUUUUAUAGGGUUGAUAUUGUUCUGCUCGAUGGAGUGGAAUUCAGCAGCCUUAAGUGGAUUGAAUACGUACCAGAAACUCGUCGGUGCUCUUUUUCAAUCGGUUAAUGCCAGGCAUACCGGCGAAACUAUUGUCGAUAUUUCAACAAUCGCACCGGCCAUCUUGGUAUUCUUCGUGGUUAUGAUGUACCUUCCUCCAUAUACUUCAUUUUUACCGGUUAAAAGGGAUCCACAAUGGCAAAUAGAUUGCCAAGAGAGGAAGAAUCAAAGAAGAGUUGGAGAAAAUUUUAUAUUAUCACAGCUUUCUUAUUUAUUGAUCUUCAUUAUUCUUAUAUGCAUCACAGAAAGGAAGAAAAUAAAAGAGGAUCCACUCAACUUCAGUGUGUUGAACAUCACACUUGAAGUCAUAAGUGCAUAUGGAAAUGUGGGUUUCACGACUGGGUAUAGCUGUGAUCGUCAACUAAAGAGCGAUCCAACUUGUGUGAGCAAAUGGUAUGGAUUCAGUGGGAAAUGGAGUGAUGAAGGCAAAGUAUUUCUCAUCAUAGUCAUGUUUUUUGGUAGACUCAAGAAAUUCAAUAUGAAUGGAGGUCAAGGAUGGAAACUCUUGUAA